GACAGCCGUAUUGCACAAGAAUAUUGCUCUUCUCAACUGUUCCAUUUGAUGAAUCAUAAUAUUUUGAAACCUUUAUAAUACCGUGCGCGAAGAUUAGUAAACAUUCACUAACAAAUUUUGUUUCACGUACGACGCAUAACAGUGUCUCAGUGUGUUCAGUAUAUUAUUCAGUUUAAAUUCGAGGAGAUUUUAACAACCAUGGAAGAUCAGGUACCAUUUAAGGUUUUCACGUUCUGGAGUGAAAACGAGAAGCCUGAGGUUAGGCGGUUUGGUGUGGAGAAGACGGUUGUCACCAGCUUCCACUACUUGAACGCCAAGCUUCAAGAUGUGUAUCCCGCUCUUAAGGGGAAGACUUACUCCGUAGCAUGGAAAGACGAAGAGGGCGAUGACGUCAUCGUCUCAUCUGACGAAGAAGUGAUGACGGCCCUGCAGGCGCUAAAUGGUGAAGUGAUCAAGCUGUAUGUGUACUGCAAGCGAGAAGAAUUGAAGAGUGAGAGCCACAACCUCUAUUUCACUGUUACUGGAGACGACCCUGCACCGGAGACGGCGGCGAAUGUGCACUUCGGGGUGAUGUGCGACUCCUGCGACAAUGUGAUCGCUGGUUUCCGCUACAAGUGCACCACUUGCCAUGACUUCGAUCUGUGUUCGGGGUGCGAGGCGGCCGGCCACCACCCGGAACACUGCAUGGUGCGAGUACCAACACCUGCGAUGCCUCGCGCUAUUAUCAGAGAGGCUAUUAAAAGGUCUCGUCAUUUCUUAAAGACUGUGGCUCACACCAUGGCCGAAGAGUGUCCGUACAAAAAGAGCCGCGCGGAGAAGAGUGCUGAGCGUCGUUACCGCGGCCAGCACGCCAGCGCCGGCCCGCACGGCGGCGAGCGCGCUGAACACGCCGGCCACGGCGGCCACGGCGGCCACCGCGACCACCACCACCGCCGCCACCGCGUUAGCUGGCUCGACACCUUCGCUACCUACAUGAAUGAGUUCGCCAACCUUGCCGGCGAUGUCAACAUUGAUGAUGGCAAGCCAAAAGCCCAAGAAGCAUCAACCUCAGCCAAGCAGGCUCGGAACCCUCAGGAGAGCCAGGUGAAGACCGAACCAGGCACUGCGCCUGCUCAAGCUCCUCAGCAGCCUGACGCAAACGCCUGUGGCCAAGGCCAAGCCACCCCCCUUCUCUCAGUUAACUUUGAGCAGAUUAGGGACCUCCUUGAGUCUUACCUGACUGGUAAUGUUAAUGCCAACAUGCCUCAGCCACCUCAGGCUUCUGCUCCGACCCCGGCUCCGACACCAGCCGCCAACACUGCAGACAGUACUACCGCAGCUCCUACUUGGUGCCCGGAGAUGGGACAAGGCGACUCCAAGAAACAGGAUGAUGACAUCACCAUGCAUACUGCUACUUCUACUUCCUCUGCUGGAAGCCUGAAUGGAAACACUAGAGAUCUGUCUCCUGACAAGGCUGACGACUGGACCGUCAUUAACAAGGAGAAGGACAUGAUGGACGCAACCAAUGCUGAGCCCGCUGCUCCGAUUGGAUUCAAUCUGCCCGAGGAGUUUCAGGAGCGCGUGAAGAUCUCAGAUGGCGCUAUCUACCCACCCCUGAACCCUGCUACUGCAGUAAUGAAUCCCAAAGUGGCGGAGGUACCGACCGCAGCUACUGCCCCGCCGGCCGCAGCCGCGGCCCCGACCCCGGCCGAGAAGCCCGCUGCAGCUGCAGCACAGCCCAGGCAGCGCCACCCACAUCCACACAUUGAUGCUGCUAUCCAGCAGAUGCUGAUGAUGGGUUUCACCAACGAGGGUGGCUGGCUGACCCAACUGCUUGAGAGCAAGGACGGCAACAUCGCCGCUGUCCUUGACUUGCUCACCCCUGUCAAGAAGUAAAGCGAUUUGGUCCUCAUCAAGGCCAAAGGUCGAAGCUUGCUUUAAUGGGGAUCACAGACGAGGGUUUUUAAUUCAAAAUUGUACUGUCACAUUUACAGGUAUCUCUAUUUCGUAGGAAAGUAAUUGUAAUAGUUAUAGAAGAUUCUUUAUUAUCUUCUGUAGAUUUUUGCGCCUAAUAUAUGGUAUAAGGUAUUUAGAUGUUAGAUUUUAACAUUUCCACUUACCUUUGAUGUUGUUUAGUAUAGUUAUCCAUUGAUAAUUUUCUCAUCUUGCCAUUUAGUGUUUCAUUCUAUAACAUUAUUAUAAUAAGACACAUUUAACAUUACACUUUUUUAUCAAGCAGUUUGACAUUCCUAGACAACGUAUUUAUGAUAUCAGUGUGAUAGUCUUAUAACUUUAAUAUAUGUUAUGCGAUUAAAUAUAUACUAUACAUCCAUGAGGGGAAAAAGUAUGUGAUAUUUGGUUAUGACUGAAUUUGGCGGUAGUUUAUAUUUAGUGACAUUAUGUAAUGUAGUAGAUACUAUAUUCUUACGUAUUAAAUCAAUUAAAUGUAUUAGUAUAGUAAAUUGUAUGGUUAUAUUAAUAAAGUAUUUAAAGGACAAA